AUGAAGUAUAUGACUGAGGAAGCGAUCUGCCAAACCACCCUGCACGUGGAAUCAGCGACAUUAGAGCUGGGUGAGAAUGGACUCACGAUUAGACAAAGGCAAAAACAAUUUGCCCGUCAAAAAUCAAUUGAAGUCCGGUACUUCCAUGUGCUUUGGGCUCAGGCAACUACAGAGCAAUUGACGAUCCACUAUGCAGCAGAGCGGCACAAAACGUUAAAUGCGGCAAAGAGAGUGUUUCAGCUACUUGACCAGGGCACUUCCUCUCCUCGAUUACAAGCCUGGAUCCAGUUGCUUCUGGACUGCGCCUACGGCGAAGCAAAAGCACGGAAGCAUCUGAAGAUUUAUUUGAACCCGUUUUCAGGCAAAGGCUCCGCUAUAAAAUUGUACCAUCGAUAUGCAGAACCUCUUUUUGAAGCAGCCCAAUGCCGUAUAGACCUACACGAAACUCGUUAUUCCGGCCAUGCUAGUCGGCUAGUCAGGGAAGACCAUGAGAUUGAUUCAUGGGAUGCCAUAGUGUGUUGCUCAGGCGAUGGUCUACCAUACGAAAUCAUCAACGGCAUCGCGCAAAGAGACGACGCUGGUCACAUUUUAAGAAAUGUCCCUAUUGUUCAGCUCCCUGGAGGUUCGGGGAACGCAAUGUGCGUCAACAUGUUCAAGACAACCAGCUUUUCCCAUGCCGCGCUCUAUACGCUUAAGGGUAUUCGGCAACCAAUAGAUCUUAUGUCCGUCACUCAAGGCGACAAACGGUAUAUUUCGUUUCUGUCACAGAAUGUCGGAUUAUUAGCCGAGUGCGAUCUUGAUACUGAGAGCAUGCGAUUUCUGGGCGGCAAAAGAUUUGCAGUCGGAUUCCUCCAACGCCUUUUCAACCCUCCCGUCCAGAUCAACGGAGAAAAUUUGCACGGGUUACCCGACUUACGAUUUGGGUCCGUGAAUGACAGUCUGCCGGAUAGCUGGAAGCGCGAGCAUCACCCAACAUUGGGUGUCUUUUUUGCAGGUCAAUUCCCAUUCGUGGAUGCCAAAUCCAAGGUAUUUCCUGACGCAAGACCUGAUGAUGGACUGGUGGAUAUCAUAAUUGUGGAUUCUGGAAUUGGUACUUGGAGACUUUUGCAAUUGUUCAAGAGAGUACCGGAAGGCAAUCACUUGGCAAUGCACGAGGUUCAUCACCGGAAAGUAUCAGCCUACCGGGUCGUUCCUGUCAGGACUCACGGUGCCUUUAGUAUAGAUGGAGAGAGGUCUUCCUUCCAGCCAUUUCAAGUUGAGGUUCAUCCGCAGCUGGGUAUGACACUGGCCACGCCAGCUGGAGUCGAAGAGCGAUAUCGCAGUCGCUGA